GCUAGACAGAUACUUAGAUCAAUCGUUAUGUGUGUAGCUAACGUUAUAUCUUUAUUAUUUGCACUGCAGCGCGAAGUAUUGAAACUUGUGGUUAUGCAAUAUACUGGAAGUGGGAAAGAGAAGACAGACAGCCCCAGACGGGCAAUCUUAUAGUUUAAGCUAAAUUAUGUGAAAUCUACAUAUUUUUACGUAGCUAACGUUAACUAGCUAGUAUACAUGAACCCAACAAGUAAAGACAUGAAAGGCAUCAUGGACAAGUCAUCAUACCAUUUGCUGCAGCUUCUGUCCUUGGCAUGUUUGGCCUGUAGGCCCACCUGUAGUUCUAUCAUCACCUUUGGAACAAUAAUCCCACAAUCUCCAACGGUGGAAAUUGGGAAGGAAUUCACCGCCACCUGUGUGCUCUACAAUGCUGCUAAAGCCACAGCGGAGGACAUCUACUGGAUGUUGAAGGACGUCACAGUGCCCAAAGAGCAGUACACCAAGAUAAAUGACUCGGCUGUUAGCGUGACCAUCACCAUCACCAAUGAAACGGCCAACUGGUUACUUUGUAGAAAGAAAGAGUCUCCUUUAUCCUUAAACCCAAAUCAAGUAAUCCAUGGGAUUCUAUUGACCAAAGGGUAUCCCCCUGAGAAGCCUGUGAACCUAUCCUGCAUGGCUGUCCAGUCUGGCCAAAAGAUAUCCUCCAACGUGACGUGCACAUGGCAGCCUGGGACAAGAGACGAGAGGCUGGAAACCACUUAUACCUUGUUUGGCAGUCUAAUUGUCUCAAAUAAGAGCAGCAAAGCUCACAGAAGCAGUGGAUACAUCGACUUCGGCACCUUUCCAAGCUUCAUGGAACUUGCUAUAUGGGUAGAAGUGGAAAACAAGUUAGGGAAGGUUCGAUCUGACAUUCUGGAUAUUUAUGCUGCUGAUUUGGUGAAAACGAAUCCCCCAUCAGACGUCAAAAUUAUUUCAGAGAAUAACUUUUCCAGGACUCUCUUAGUGAGUUGGAAGCACCCUAUCCAUGUAGCCUAUGUCACACUGAAAUACAACAUCAGGUUCUGCACUGUGGGCUCUGGAGACUGGACUGAGGUACCCCCAAAUGACACUGAAAGCUACAAAGAGUCUUUCCGUCUUCAGUACCUCAAGCCAGACACAGAGUAUGUAGUGCAGGUGCGAUGCAUGCAUCAUAUGGGCUACGGCUACUGGAGUGACUGGAGCGCUAACACUACCGCCAGGACCCUAGAGGACAAGCCUACAAGUAAGCCGGACCUAUGGAGAGUCAUCAUUCCCAGCCAAGUCAAAAGUGAGCGGAGAGUGCAAGUGAUGUGUAAGGAUCCAGUGGAGUCCAAUGGAAGGAUACAGGGCUACAGCAUCAAGAUCCAAGAUGGAAACUGGGAGACGGUGGUGGUCAAUGGCUCUGACCUGGAUUCUAGGUCGCAGGAGAGGAAAAUUAUCCCCCUUUACCAGAUUCCCUGGUCUGACAAGAGAAGAGGCCUCAUUGUAUUGAAGGCCUGGAAUUCUGUUGGCGAGUCUCCCGAAGCGUCUUUGGUCAUCCCCAAAUUGACACAAGAGCCCCCUUCGGUGGAGUCGCUCAGCUGGUUUACCAAGGAGGGGAGGCUGUGGGUGAAGUGGCAGCCCCCCAAUGUGACGGCCACAGGGGAGCCCUACAGGUCCGUGGUGACGGAGUACGUCCUGGAGUGGGUGUCGGUCGGCGACGGCGCUAUGGACUGGCAGAGAGAACAUAGGCACACCAGGAUGGCAGCCAUUAAAGGUAACCUUCAGAAGUUCAAUCGCUACGAUAUAUCUGUGUAUCCCAUGUACUCUGGGUGGACUGGGAAGCCAUUGACCAUAGCAGCCUUUCUGGAACAAGGAGCUCCACUGGAGGGUCCCUCUGUGAAAGUGAGGCGGACAGGGAAAAACGACGCUGAGCUGGAGUGGAUGGAGAUUCCACUGGACAAACAGCGAGGCUUCAUUACAAACUACACCAUCUUCUUCAUCACGGGGGGCAAGGAACACUCAAUAGUUGUCACCCCAGACACCUACUCUUACACUGUGAAGCGCAUGGCCAGCAACAGUAAGUAUGUGGUGCGGGUCAUGGCAUCUACAGUACAAGGCUCUACAAACGGCUCGAACCUGUCAUUCAAUACUCUGAUGUAUGCUCCCGGGCAGAUAGAAGCCAUGGUGGUGUCUGUGUGCAUCAGCUUCCUGUUUUUCGUAGUGCUGACCGUGCUCUGCUGCAUUUACAAAAUGGACUCGAUAAAGAAGAAGAUCUGGCCACCGGUUCCAGACCCUUCCAACAGCACUAUCGCUAAAUGGUUUCCUGAUUUCCCAUCCAAAGCUGACACUCCCAAAGAGAGCGUGCUGGGUGACGUGAGCGUUGUUGAGGUGGACGUGUUCGACAGGAAGUCGCUGUGUGAGGAGGACAAGGCAGGCCUGCCGCUCAAGAAGGACAAGUACCUGUCGGAGGAGCAUAGCAGCGGCAUUGGCGGCUCCUCCUGCCUGUCGUCGCCUCACCAGAGUGUCUCAGACAGCGACGAGGGCGGUGACUCGGGCCAGACCACGGCCAGCACCGUCCAGUACUCGUCGGUGGUGGCAUCCUGCGGCUACAAGGGCCAGACCCCCUGCCCUCUCCCCCAGACCCCCCAGUCCAGCUCCUCCCAGUCCCAGACGCCCAGCUUUGCCCGCUCCGAGUCCACCCAACCCCUGCUGGACAGCGAGGAGCACCCGGAGGGCGCCGAGUCGCACCAGCGCUACCCGCGGAACCCUUACUUCAGGCGCUUGCCUGGGGGGAACGACGGCGACAGCGCAGACCUGGGGGAAUUGAACCAGCUGGAGAUGGAGGCUUCGUGCCGGUUCUGCCCCCUGGAGCAGAACUCUCAGCAGACCACACCCACAGAGGAGGGUCAGUCCCCUGACGGACAGCCAGGCCCUGACCCUAGCUACAUGCCUCAGCUCAGCGGCUACAGGCCUCAGUGUUAGGAGGACGUAGGGUUACUUUAGUUCGAGGUUGUCGCACUUCAUGCACAGUUACUCUUCCCCUGCACCUUUGUUAAUUUCACGUUUGUUUGAAGCUUUCAAAUUCAGAAUUAUGUCAGCCUAUUAUUUUUGCACUUACCCAAAUGGCAAUCAUGAACUUCAUAUGGACAUCCUGACUUGCCUUGUUAAAUCUCUUUUAAGUGAAUGACAUAGUUUGGCUCCAAGCUUUAGCCUGUAUGUCGAGGUUUUAUUGUUUUAACAUCCUAAAAAGCAAAUAGAUGCCUACGUGUGGACCCAUUUAUUUUCAGUUAGUUACUGACCUAGGUAGUUACAAUGACCACCUUUUCAUGUUAUUAUCAUAGUCGAUUCCAUUCAUGUACAGCAUAUAUGUAUUCAACAUAUCUAGUCAGUCGCAAACAGCAAAGUCGCAGAGCAGCUGGGUGGUGUUCAGCAGGCACCAAAUGGAAGAAACAGGAUGGAAGUAACUGGACACAUUAAAACACAUUUUUUUAUUUUUUUAUUUUGCUACAGUUUGACCUAACCCAUGUGUUCCCAGGAUGGUAGAUUCAAUUCUAUAGCACCCCUGUGUGUCAUCAAAUUUCCCUCAUACUGACAAGGACCAGACAAUGGACCUCAAUAAUGCUUAUGUGAUUCACACUGAAUGGACAACAUUUCAUUGAAAAAGCCUCAUCAAUGCUGCUGACUGCUGUAGUUUCAAAAAGCGAACUUUGUACUGUUUAUCAUUCACUGAUUUAGCGUCACCCGUUGUCGUCCGAAGAAAAGUGCAUAGCCUAGAUGUGGGCGCUAUUCUUUACAAACCGGCCAAGUUUAACUUAGAAUGUACAAAGUGUGAUUACGCAUCAUUCCAAGAAAGAGGACUUGAAGGAAGUGAAAAGGCGAUGCUAGCUAAUACAACAGGACCCUCUUGAAAUGCAGUACCUUCAGAAAGUAUUCAUGCCCCUUCACUUGUUCCACAUUUUGUUGUAUCCUAAAUUCUAAAUGGAUUCAGUAUAAAACAUUCUCACCCAUCUACACACAAUACCCCAUAAUGACAAAGUGAAAAAAUGUUUUAAAUGUUUUUAGCAAAUGUAUU